CCUCUAUAAAUUAGCUUGUCCCCUUCUCAUAUCUCAAUACCACAGUAAAGAGAACAAUUUCACUAGAUCUCUGUCUUUCUUUCUCUCUCUUUACAAAAUGGAAUCGAAAAGUCUGGUGCUACUACUGCUCUUCUGCCUCAUGUUCUUGCAUGAUGCUUCUGAUAUUACUCAAGCUCACGCUUAUGCUCACGUUCAUGCACUUCCAACUCGCAAGAUGAUGAUGUUGAAGAAGGAGAGUAAAUGGGGAGGAAAAAAUGGAGAGGAAGAAGAGAAGAAGAAAGGUUUAGGGUUAAAUGAAGAGUUAAGGACUGUUCCUUCAGGACCUGACCCUUUGCACCAUCAUGUGAACCCACCAAGACAGCCAAGGAACAACUCUCAUCUCCCUUAACCUCACCGACCUUCUUCCUUUUGUUGCUUUUACUGAUUUCGAUCUCUCUUCAAAAAAGAAAAUAAUAAUAAUAAAAUUUCGAUCGUAUUGUAAAUUACUUCUUCUGUUUAAUCGGUUUCAUCUUGUGUAUUUUUUGUUUAGUCACUCUCUUUGCUAAGGCUUGUUUCAUGAUUGUGGAUGUAAGAUAUGUGCACUAAUUAAGUUAUAUAUGUUUCUCACGUGAAUGAAAGCAUCCUCUGUCUUUUUCUAUA